AUGGAAGUUUAUGUUUUUUCUCCCUGGUUACUUCCAAGCCCAGAGGAGAAAUCCAGGCAUUCGUCGAACAAAAUCCCGCUGCAGCUGCAGAAAGGGCCCAGGCAGCUGAGCAAGGUCCCCCAGACGGAGCGGCCGGUACUGGCAGAUGAUGUUGACCCUGUACCGGUCAAUCCGUUCAUUGCAACUGAUGAAGCUGAUUAUCGGGGAGGCUUCAGUCAGAGCAGUGCUGCGCCGGUGAAUACGUUCAUCGCAAGUAGUCGCGAUGAGAACUUGGGUCUCUGGAGUCAAAGCAGCCCUGGUGACCCUGGUGUCCAAUCAUCGGCUCUUCAAUCAUCGGCUAAUGCGUCCAGCUUCUCCGAGAUUUCAUAUGUUUCCGAAGCAUUCCCACAUACGCUCGUCGACAACAAUGUGCGCCAAACAUCGGACAAGAUGCCAGCAUCACCUUCUCAUGGGCCGGCUUCUCCGGUGAUGAUCGCCACACCGCUGGACAAUUACCUUUCCAAACAGGAUCUUGAGACGAAGCCUUCGCGUGUGUGGUCGGGUGUGAAGCUCUAUAUCGACUAUGUCGCUGGUUUCCUUGUGCUUCUGAACACCGUGACCAUGCUCGUAGAGCUGCAGGUGGAAGGGAGCUAUGUGGGCCAAGAUCUUGGGGUCGCGGGGGUCAACAACGAUCUGGCGGCAUCACUUCCAGCGAUGAGGAUCUUGCACAUCAUCUUCAUGUUCAUGUUUGUAAUGGAGUGGUUCCUGCGCAUUGGCGUCGAGAAGCGGGCUUUCCUGAGAGACUAUGCCAAUUGGUUCGACACCCUGAUGGUUCUGCUCAGUAUUGUUGACAUCUACCUGACGCUGGCCUCAGUUCGGAGCGAUGGAGCUCGACAAAGUGUCAUCAUCCUUCGUCUUAUGAGAGCUCUCAAGUCUUUGCGAGCGAUUCGCAUCGUUCGGAGCUUGCGCCUUUUUCAAGGGCUGAGGGUGCUUGUGAGAGCCUGCACAUGCUUCCUCCCAUCGCUUUGUUGGUCUAUGGUCCUACUGGGCAUCUUCAUGUGCUUGGGAGCUUUGAUGAUGGGAAACCUACUGCAGAGUUACAUCCAGGAUGAACUGCAGCCACUGGAGGACCGAGAGUGGAUGUGGGAUCGCUACGGGACCGCCUAUCGUGCCUGGUACACUCUCUUCGAGAUUACUUUUGCUGGGAACUGGCCCAGCAAUGUCCGCCCUGUCCUGCAAAAGGUCAGCCAUGCCUUCGUGAUCUUCUUUGCGCUGUAUAUUACGGUGGUGGUCUUCGCGAUCAUCAGGGUCAUUGGGGCGAUCUUCCUCAAGGAGACUCUCGAUGCGGCACAGAACGAUGCAGAGCAGCUGGUGAAAGAUAGGAUGCGGAUGAAAGCAGAGUAUGUUCAGAAGCUGGAGUCUGUUUUCAUGGCUAUCGAUGAUUCCGGGAACGGAAUGAUUACGGAGGAGCGGCUGAGAGACAUCCUCUCCAGACCCGAG